CUUUUUCUUUAUCGCUAAGAUUUGUUUGACAAAGUAAAUAGGAGAACGAACACAACACAUCAAACUCCUCAGCGUUGCCACAUCAACGCACAGACACACACCACAGUCAGUGAGUAAUCACAAAAACAAAUCCACACAAAAGGAAAGGAAGGAUAUUAAAAAUAAUAACAAAAAAAUAAUUAAAAAAAAAAAAGAAGAAAUGAUCGAUACUACUCCGGAAUCGCCUCCUGGAGCGCGACAACCACCAUCAACGGCGAGGGAGCAGCAAUCCCUAACCCUAAUCCCGGGCCUCCCGAACGAUGUCGGAUCCCUGAUUCUGUCGAUGGUGCCAUACUCUCACCACGCGCGUAUCAAGCAAACAUGUAAGUCAUGGAACCGCGUCCUCUCCUCCAAGCCUUUCUUCUCCACUUUCCUCCACCGCCGCCGCAACCACCUCCUCUGCAUCUUCCCGCAGGACCCAUCCAUCGCUUCCCCCUUUCUCUUCGACCCGCAGAACCACGCAUGGUGCCCUCUUCCACCCAUGCCCUGCAACCCUCAGGUCUACG